AUGUCAUCUCCUGUCGACGAUCUGCUCUCGUCGCUUCCCGAGCUUCUACGCGCUCAACUACCCGUGUUCUUAGUGACUCUUCUCUGCGGAGUGCUCGUCGCUGUCUACACUCGGAAUCGUGCACAGCCUCCCCCCAUACCAGGAAGCGGCGCCGCCUCUACCCAGCCGAACGGCAAGGUAGAGCUCAAGUACACUUUCGAGCCGAGUGCUAUCGGCGAUGUCAGCGCACGGCUUGCCUCACACGAGGUCAAGGUCGCGAAGUUGCUCGUGCAUCCGAUCAAAAGCUGUCGUGGUAUAUCUGUGCAAGAGAGCCGCUUCACGCGAUCGGGCCUUGCAUAUGACAGGAGAUGGUGCAUCAUAGACUCAGCUCAGAGGAUCAUAACCGCCCGUGCAACACCCAAGAUGGUACUCAUCACUCCCCGAAUCAUCGAGGAUAUCCACAACCUCCAGAACAGUCGCCUCGAAAUAUCUUUCCCGCCUGACUCUGGAUGCACCUCACUCAACAUUCCCUUACGUCCAUCCGAGGAACAGUUGGCUACCUGGGAUCGUGUCGAAGAUCUAUCCGUACACUCGGAGACCGAGAUUGACGGCUUCAUCACACGGCCAAGCGAUCCCUCGCUCUCUCCCACCCUAGUCUCUGACACGUUGUCUAACUACUUCAAUAAACCCGUGCGUCUUGCAUACAAAGGCCCACGCUUGCGCCCAGCCAGCCCUACUCUUACGAAUCCGACGCUAGACGUGGGCGUGGACUAUCAUGACGGCUACCCUCUGCUCGUAGCUUCGAACGAGAGUUUUGCGGCCGUGCGCACGAUGAUCGAACGUUGGGUCGCGGAUCAGCCUGACGGCAAAGUCGGGAAGGACGUCCCGGGACACCUGAAGACAUUGAAGAUAGAGAGGUUUAGACCGAACAUCAUCUUCGAAGGCGCGCGUGUACCAUUCGCUGAGGAUAUGUGGCGAAAUAUUGCCAUUCACCACGGAGAAGGACAGACAACGGGAUUUGCGCUUGUCAGCAAGUGCACUCGAUGCAUGCUUCCGAAUGUAUGCCCCGAGUCUGGUGGACGCAAUAUGAGCGUGCCGAGCAAGCCGUUGAUGCAGUUUCGCACGGGUCUUGAUCCUGCUCGACUGGGUCAGGCAUGCUUCGGAUGCAACGCGGUCCCAGCACAGGAAGGUAUCAUUCGUGUCGGCGACGUCGUAGAGGUACUCGAAUGGGCAGACGUAUAG